GAGACUCGAAGAAGAACUGAAGGCUACGUCGCAGCAGCAUGGCGGCUGCAGAGCUGUCCCCGAGUCCGGGUUUCCCCCCAAACCCUCCCGGUGAGGUUUUGCCCGAAGCCCCGGGGAGCCUCCGGGACCUCGGCCUGGAGGUCCUGCAGCGGGAGGCCGGGGAGCUGAAGAGUCUGCGCGGCGUUGAGGGGCUGCUGGAGAGGCUGAAGGAGGAGAACGUCGCCCUGGGGGAGCAGGUCCUGACCGUGAGCAGCUCCGUGCCGCCGAAGGUCUCUGCUGCUCUGUCUGCUGCAGAGGAGGCCGGCUGCAGCCUGAAGGAGCUGCUGCAGAGAGAGGAGCUCAUCUCCAGCAAGCUGCAGCAGCAUCUGCAGGAGGCGUCGCAGUGGAUGGAAGAUCUCAGCCGGGUCUUCAGCCAGGUUGAUCUGAUAGAAAGACCCAUGAAGUACCUGCAGUGCCUGCAGCACAUAGAGGAACUCAGUGCUGCAGUCCAGCAGCGCCUGAUGGUCAACAGCGUCUGUGAAGCCAUAAAGGUAGUGGACCAAUUGGCGGCGCUGGACUCUGGACUCAACCACUCCAGCUGUUCUCACCUGCAGAAGUUCCUUCGAGAAACUCUUUGUUUCUGGCACAACAUCAUCAAGGAGCGCCUGAGCAGUGAGUUUGGGAAGGUUCUGACUCAGCUUCACUGGCCGAUCAUCUCGCCGAACCAACCGUUGAGUCCUGCUGCCAACUGUCCGGACAGCAGCAGCCAGCUGGAGGCGCUGGUGGCUCAGCUCCUCGCCCUACAGGCCUCUGACGACUUCAUUUCGCAGAGAACCUCUCACCAGCCUGUGCAGGUCUCGUCUCCACCUCCACCUCCACCUCUGGCCGUCUCCGUCUGUCUGCCUGUUCAGAUCAUGCUGCUGCCAAUCUGCAAGAGGUUCCGAUACCACUUCUAUGGAAACCGGCAGACGAACUCCCUCAACAAGCCAGAAUGGUACCUCACACAGGCUCUGAUCUGGAUGGGCAGCAGCGCAGCCUUCAUGGAGGAGAAGAUCCAACCCGUGUUUGACCGAGCCGGAGCCGCCAUCAGCGCCAGGGUGGAGUUGUGUCGCGGCCUGGUGUCUCUGGUCCAGGAGAAGGUGGCUGCUGAUGCUCCCAGAAUCCUGUAUGAUGAUGCCCUCUUCUGCCACCUGGUGGAGGAGGUGCUGCAGUUUGAGAAGGAGCUUCGAGGCAGUCAUUCCUACCCCUCUGCCCUCCCUGGACUGCUGCACAUCCUGCUGGAGGACGCCGUCCUGCAGAAGUGGCUCGCUGUGGAGAAGAAGAUGGCUGUGGAGAAGAUGGACGCCAUGCUGUCCACUGACGGAGCGUGGAGCUCUCAGUACAAAGACAUCAGUGACAUGGACGAGCUGAAGGCUCCGGACUGCGCUGAGACCUUCAUGACGCUGCUGCAGGUCAUCACAGAGCGGUACCGGGCCCUGCCCUCCCCGUCUGCGCAGCUCAAGUUCCUGGAGCUUCAGAAGGAGCUGGUUGAUGACUUCCGAAUCCGACUGACACAGGUCAUGAAAGAGGAGUCUCGAUGUCCACUCGGUGUCCGUUAUUGUGCCAUCCUUAAUGCCGUUAACUACAUUUCCACCAUCCUGAGAGACUGGGCAGACGACGUGUUUUUCCUGCAGCUGCAGCAGGCGGCGGUGUCGCUGGGUGAGGACGAGGUCCUGGGGGGCCGCAGCAUGAUGGAAGUGGGUCGCCUGGCUUCUUUGGAGGGAUCUCUUUUUGAUGGACUCCUGGCUUUGCUGGACCGCUUGAAAGGAGACAUGCUGGGAAGACUGCUGGAUUUCCUCAUGAGAGAAAUCUCAGAAAAAGCCAAACCCUAUUGUCAGGAAAGGUGGUUGUCUCUUCCAUCCCAGCAAGAUCAGUCCAUCAUGUCCCUGUCGGGCUCGGCCUGUCCCAUGAUGCUCUGUGUGCGGGACAGACUGCUGAACCUUCAUCAGGUUCUGAGUCUUCCUCUGUUCCAGCUGGCGUGGCAGGGCCUGGCAGAGAGGCUUGACCAUUUCCUCUACCAAGAUGUGGUCCUGUCCAAUCACUUUAGUGAGGGAGGGGCCGCUCAGCUGCACUUCGACAUGAACAGAAACCUCUUUCCUCUCUUUGGUCAUUACUGCAAGAGGCCGGAAAACUUCUUCAAACACAUGAAGGAGGCCGUCAUUGUCCUGUGUCUGAACGUGGGCUCGGCGGCUCUGCUCCGGGCGGUCCUCAAAGAGUCGCAGCAGGAAACCAGAGACAACGAGCGUGACAGAGCGGCAGAUCCGCCCCCUGAGUCUGUCCUCAACGAGAUGGGCGUUUACUGCUUAGCCCCCUCAGACGUGCUUAUCCUGCUCAACCUCCGAGCGUCCUGGCCUGGACAGUAACUCUGAGGAGCACAGACAUGCUUCACUAACCUCAUGUCAUGACUUCCUAUUAUGACACUUUAAUAUGUAUUCUUUAAGUAAUACAAUGAUUACAGAUAUUUAUAGAUGAAUACGACAAUAAUAAACUCUGGCUUUGACCGAU